GCCAUUCGGUUCGAAGCGUAUACGUUGCCGCGUUCGUUGCACGUCCGAUGUCGUUCAUUUCCGCGGUUUAGUUCGAGAAAACGCCGCGCCGUAUUCCACGGCGCCUUUUUACAGCUCCGUCGCACUCUCCUGACCGCCCGUGUGUAUUCGUUCGUCGUCUCCUCGGCUUCGUUUCGUUUCCUUUCCUUUCCUUUUUUAUUUGUCCCCUUCGUGAAUCUGUCCAGCCUCUGGCAUUCUUUCUAUAAAGAGGCUGUGGGCGCUCGGUCGGCGGUAAGGUGAAAGUAAAAUCCCACGUCGGUGGAGCUUAAACUCGAAUGCCAGGGAAUCUGGUCGUACGUCGCGAAAUCGCGUACACAUCGGGCACGCGACGUCGCCGCCGUUGCCUGGACACCCCGCGCCACCACGUCGGCUUCGCCAAAGGGACCAACCAUCUCUUCUCUGUGUUAUCACGACUCCGUUUUUCUCUACGGUGUCGUUCGACCACGAACGAUACGACCUCGCUUUGUGUACCUACGGGACCAGUAUGCUUCGCUACCAUAGAGGAUAGCGUUAGGCUACUCCGAUAUUCUCGUAUGCGUGUUGGCCGCACGUACGGCUCUCAUGCUCGCACACACCGUCACGGGCAGUAGUUCGGUACAACAAUAAGAAAAAUGUCGGGAAUGGGUAAAAGGACUUACCUCCGCGAGGUAAAUCCCUAUCUUAUUUGUCCGUUGUGCAGAGGCUACCUCAUAGACGCGACCACCGUUGUCGAGUGUUUGCACUCGUUUUGCAGAAGUUGUAUUUUAAAGCAUCUCAACACGGAAGCCCACUGCCCUUCUUGCAAACAUGUUCUCAACAAAGCGAAGCCAAAUAUCAAGGCUGACAAAGCGUUACAAGAUAUCGUGUACAUGGUCCCAGGAUUAUACCACAAGGAGAUGCGGAAAAGAAGAGAGUUUUAUAAAAAGCAUCCGGAGCACGCGGAUUUAGCGACUCCCGAACAGCGAGGAGAAGACGUAAGCGGAAGGUUAAUCUUUGCUCCAGAAGAUGCUGUUAGUUUAAGUUUAGAGUAUCUACCACCUGGAGCCGAUCCUCUGACCAUUCUACUCAGCACCAGCGACGAUACUAACAACUCCAACAACCAAAACAGCAAUAGCAAUAACAAUAAUAAUAAUAAUAAUAAUAAUAAUAAUAAUAAUAAUAAUAAUAACAACAGUAAUCAUGGGACGAAUACGAGUAGCAGGCGGUAUCUUCAAUGUCCGGCACUAGUGACUAUCGCGCAUCUGAAGAAAUUCUUAGCCUUGAAAUACAGUGUCGAUAUGACAAGAUACGCCAUCGAGAUUUGUCAUCGACGUGCUCCACUGCCGGAACACUGGACUCUUAUGGAUGUCGCGUAUAUUUACGCAUGGAAAAGGAAUGCACCAAUGCGAUUCUUUUAUCGAGUAGCGUUGGAGGAGCAGAGAUUAGAGGCACCUCCACACGACAGACCUUCCACGCCUGGUUUGGGCGCGAGUUUACCUCCCGUUGACGCUACCAUCGUCACAAGGGACAAUGCUAACAUGGAAACUAUGGAUACUAACGUCGAGGCUAGACUCGGAAACAAUCGAGACGAUAUUUCCAGUGAAAAAGCUCGAUCACUGAGCGAACAGCCGCGCGUGAAAGUCGCCAAGGAGGCUGAACCGAAGAAGGAACAACCGUUGAGUAACGCAGUGACCUCGACGACCGUCACAUCGACCACGGUUUCGAUAGCAGCCUCGAAGACAUUGUCUACGACCACGACGACCAACACAGUCGCGUCAACCGUAUCGAACGAGACGAACAAACAGGUGAAAACACCGAUCAAGAUAUUGAAGAACCCGGAUGGUCGGUACGAGGUCCUGAGAAGUCCGCCUGGUAGCUGGAACUCGAAGGAGCAGAACGCUACAAGCAACUCCAGUCCAGAGUUUAGUGUCGUUAGCAUAGGAAAUGGGCAAAACUCGAACGGAGUGAAAAUAACGUUGAAACAAUGUACACCAAAUAAUACCAGUCCGAACAAGCCGAAAGUUAUUAGCAACGUGUUGCUACAUUGUGGUCAGGUGGAGAAGGAUCCGUCUGGUUCGUUGGUCAUUCAACAGUUACAGAGAGACAAGGAUAAACAACAAGCAGAGAAACAAGAGAAGCAAAGACGCAGAGUUACUUUUGUGGAAAGAUCAACUCCCGAGAAAACCACGACUAACAACGUGUUGAAGACCAUACAGAAAAAGCCGGCAGAGCAACAGGAGAAGAAAAGAUUCCUUCAGAGUUUCCAGUUGACUGCCAGAGAACCGGGAUCGGAUACAACACUGGAGUCUAGCUUCGAGUCGAAUAAAGUGAACGUUGUUAACGAAAUUAACGAGCCUUACAAUAAAGGGAACGCUACACCGAAAAAGGAGCAGGAUAAAGUUGCAACCGAGUCAUCGGGUAGCACGGACAAUGCGAAGAGCAAAAACAAUAGCGAAAACAACAGUGUAAAUUCGACGAGUGCGAGCAAACGUGUAGCAACGAUAAGCGGACUCGGCAAUACGCGAGUGAACGCGAAUAAACAGUGCAGUGACGUGGAUACGUGUGUAUUGAGUUAUACGAAAAGCAUCAACGCGAAUAACAGUUCUACAAAAGUGGGACGUUACACGUUCUCCAACGACCCUCCCAUAGUUCCAGCAGGAGCGGUAAAGAGGAAAUGCCCGCCUGGAUUGCCUAUCUGCGACGUUAAACGAAAGAGACAGCAUCAGGUUCAAACUCAAAGCGCGAAGAAACAGACUACUACUGCUCCUCCAUCACCUUCUGUACAGACUACUCCAAAAUCGCAUCGGAAACUUCAACGACAACACGUUAUACCUGCGAAAAGAGCGGCGAACAUGAUUGGAGAAGCUGGUCCUAGUCGAACACCCGUGUCUCAAAGUUCGAAAUCUUCCUCUAGCCCUGUACUCUCGAAUGACACGAGAAACAUACUGGACGGCUGCGGGCUCAAUAUUCCCGCCAGUCUGAGUAUCACUCUCACAGCACCCAAGUCUCCAGGUAACAGCGGAGGUAGUUUCCCUGAAGCGAACGACUCGAAAGAUACCGCAAGAACCACUGGGAAAGUCAGUCCUAGCAUUACUUUGAACGACAGGUCCGUGGAUCCACGUGUACUGAAAGCGUUUAAGCUGGACAAAAUCAGAAUGCCUGCCCCGCCAAAACCGAGACAGACUAAAUCGGAACGCGAAGGAGGUCAGCAACGACAAGCAACUCCUUCGAAACGAAAAAGAGAGCAAGAUUCGAGGGAUAUAUUGGAUCUUAGCGGAGGAAAGAAAGUGGAUAUGAAUCCGUUGAGAAUACCUCAACCAGUAACGAAACUGAAGGCAAAAUCAACGUCAGAGAGCAUGCCAAGUAUUUCGGAUCAAGGGCAGGUUGUGACGUUAAUGGGUGGUCACAGGUACUAUCGAGCACCGCCUGGUUCUUUAACUCCAGCGGCGCAUCGAGUAAGCGAUUGUCCUCUACCUACGCCAUCCCGUACACCGGUCUACGCACCUGCUUCUAGUCCUCUAAGUAGCAGCAUCAACACCAAUCUCUCCUCUGUUUUCCCCAGUCUGCAGAGUCUUUACGCUCUGAGCCAAGCACCGAAUCUCCAACAGUUUCAUGACGCGAGACUGAGGCUACCUCGACCAGCAGAUUCUUCCAACACCGAUAAUCGAAGCGUAAAUAGCAACGUAACCAGCAAAAGUCAUCUAGCUGCUCAAUGCGCGCCAGUUAAACCUGCCAGAUCAUCUAUAGCACCUCUUGCUGUUCCUAUUACCAAACAGCAACAGCAACAACAACAACCACAGACAAACGAGAAAUCCUCGUCUACCAGUUCUAAUAGGCCAGUCACCAGCGAUGCGAAUAAAACACCCACGUUUCACAACGAACCCCUCGAUUCCACCGAGUCCGCGCAACAAUUAUUGUCCGUCCAAACCAAGUACUCACCGUUACGGAAAGCGACAAUCGAUUUUCGCCGCAAAGUUCCAACAACAGCACCGCGAUCCUCGAGACACAAAACGUCUACCGAUGAAAGCCACGAUUCCAACUCGGAGACGAGUAACGAUGUUAGAAAGGAACCGGAUAAUUCGUCGCGACAGACACCUAAUCGCGAAGGCAGCCCUAGGGUAUCCUCCACGGCCUCUCCAUCUCCACCUGCAGACAACAACGCGAACACGACCAACAGCGAAAACUCAAAUAAUCGUAAGGACAAUACGAGCACAGCCUCGAACGGCAUCGACAACGAUCUGCCCGCACCCAGUCCAACGAAAAACAUGGCUGCUGAGGUGUCGAGCAGCAAAUCACCAGCUAGCCCGGAUUCUAGCUCGGUAACCAUCGAAAGCCCUUCCAGCAAGAGCUGUGCCACGGUGGAACAAGCAUUUCCUUCUCCAUCUGCCGCGUCAGAAGCGGCAAAGACUUUGGAACACUCGACGAAAGCCGACAACAACGUCGUCGUCGUCGUCGAAGACCUCGACGAACGAGAACGAGAACGAAAACGAAAACGAGAACGAGAACGAGAAACGAGAACGAGAACGAGAACGAGAACGAGACGAGAACGAGAAGAAGGCUUCCUUCAAACAUAAUAUAGACGCGAAACAAUUGACCUCGGAAAUGUUUCAAAACGAUUGUUGGCUGCGUUCCCGUUCCAACGAGUGGGCUACAAUCCGUUAGCCGCCGAACAUCUGGGAAUUUUUUAAAAAGUUUAAAACGCGUCUAUCAAAUCGGACACUAACAAGUUGGAUAGCUUGAAAUCGAGAAGAUCGAAAGGGCCACUAGCGUGCAACGAACCGACUCGUUUGAAUAACGAAGCCUCGUCAAAACCGCGGACGGACGUCGUCGAAUAAUUUACCAUCGUAAAUUAUAAAUAAGAUAGCUACAUCACUGCCAGAUACUAACUGUAACGUUAUCGAAUGACUUUUAGCGUGAAUGUAUGACCGAUUUGUGUAACUACCUGAAAAGAUUUGUCUAAUCGAAAGAUAGAAGGCGCUCGUA